AUGGCAGCUUCUUCCAAACCAGCAGAUGAAAGUUCGCAUUCAUAUAAUGCACUCCCGAAUGACCAGGGCUUUGACUCAAUGAUAUCUGAUACGAAGUUCACUGCUGAUACUAGAACUGAUUUCUACGACCGCAGUUUGACGAGUCGCAGAUAUGCCCUUGUCGGAAUGGCAUGCUCAAGUAUCUUCAGUUGCUCAUGCAUCGUUGCAGGCAUUGUCACUUUAGCCACUCAUGGAGUCCCCGGAGUGACCGUGACCAAGUUGUCCGUGCAUAAUGAUAAUAAUCAGUUACCGCUGCAGGGGGAAAUAUUGGCCCUGGCACUUAACUUCAUCGUCAUGUUAUGCACCGAGUCCAUUGGCCUCGUACACAGUAUCUCAUUGCGCUCUGCACUAGCCUCAGAGUCCCGACUUCGUUUCAACACCAAUCUGCGCCUUCUGACUGCAGCUCGUGGAUGGCAUAACCUAAUGGCACCCUGCUUAAUGGUAUCUCGGCUGUCCUCCUCAUUAUAUCCUACAGCUCGGCCUCACUCAUCGUAUGCCUCGACCACUGAACCAACGCCACAAUGGUUAGCACCACCUGAUAAUUUUAUUGCCUUCGCAGGGUUACCUCUCAUCGUUUUGGGUGUCGCACUCCUCCUCCAGGUGGUAAUCGCAUUGUCAGGGAUGCGGGCUGUCAAAAUAUUGACGUGGAGCUCCUCACCUUUCGACUUGACCGCCGCACUGGUCCACCACACGCAAUUGACCCCCGCUACUUUGCGGUGCAUGCGCUGUGUCUCUGACCUAGACACCAAUGGAGGUCCAGUGAAGCCACCAGAGAUACAGCCUUCUGCAUGGCAUGCUCACCCUAGCAUCCGGAAGGUUGUCAUUUUUCUUUGGGUGAUUGUUGCGGCAUGCGCUGGAUGGGCCACACUCAUGAUGUAUAUCUGGCACAAUUCUCCCGGCGACGAUUCAAUGUCCCCAUAUGCGCUGACCGCACAUACGUGGUCGUUCAUCCCCGAUUUGAAACACGGGAAGGUCAAUUAUGUCACGUAUACGAUGCCAGGUAUCAAUCUUGAGGCGUGGAUUCUGAUGUUUGGCAACAUGGCAAUUGUCCAAGGACCAUUGACCCUUGGGUUGCAUUGCUCGGAGCUCAUUGCGAAUGUCAUUCGAGACGAAAGACAGUGGAGAUGCGCUACCAGCAGGAAAGGACUCAGCACGGCGACAAACCCAGUGACGACAAUUUUCACCCAUCCGAUCUGUCUCAUACUUUUCGUCGCGAAGCCUUUCCUGCACUGGAUGUUUGGGCUUUCACUCCAAAUAUAUACCGACGCUGCUUAUGGGAAACUAGGUAUAUUCUGCUAUGACAUCCUCACCCUCGUGCAGAUCUGGAACUUAUGCAUAGCAUUGUUUAUAUUUGCUUGUUUGUUCACUUUCGUCACACUGCGCCGGCCGCGCGGUCCCCAGCCAGCUGCAUACGGCCACCUCCAGACGCUCGCCAAUCUCGUGGAUGAGUGGUCGCCUGUGAUGUGGUGGGGACACAAAGAGGACGGAAUUCCGUACUGUCAUGCUGGGACGAGCGAUCACCCACUACCGGAUGUGAAGAUGGACUGUGUUUAUGCUGGUUCCGGUGCUGGGUCUCUGGUACCCCUCUCAUGA